GGCCAACUAGACGGUAGACGACGUUCCACUAAUGGACGGUAGACAGAUCGAACGAUACAGAGGAAGAAGAUCAAAUAGUCGUUGCGACCAUUGAGCUGAGCCGGCUGUAUCGGAGCGCUUUGCGAACAUCUGUUAGCCAGUCAGCUAGCUAACUGCUGGAGUCCUGACAGCAGAUGGAGCUGUUGGCGAUGGCAGUGGCUUCGUAAACGGUGAAAUCAACAAGCAGUGCUCAGCAUUUCAACAUACAUUCGUCGUCGUCGCUGCUGUAUUGUAUCUGUCUGUUACGUAAGUGCGACAUGAAGAAGGUAUGAACAAAAAUCUGCCAAAGCGUCAGAUCUUCUCGCGGGUUUUCGACAUACGGCAAUCUUCAUUGGCGUUACGAUCGCCACAGAAGCAGAAGCCAGCUUUGUGGUCAUGUUUCCCUGUAUGUAAUCAUUCUGCACCUCAGCCACGCACGUAGUAGUGAAGGAAAGUUGUGAACUGAGCGCCAGCUAUAUUCAGUUCUCGUCGUGGAAUCUAGGCAACAGUUAAGUCAAAGUAGAAGCACAACAAUAAGAAAAACACGAACGAAAGUCAAUUCAGAAUGGCAAAAGUGGCAUUAGCCGCUCCGGCGAAGUGUCUCUGUGCAUCAGUUUGUGAGUCGACUAGCUGAAGAGCGUAUUAGUUUAUGAUAACGCCUCUCAUAUACGAGUACUUGCUAUCAGAAUUUCGUUUUAAAGCAACCUGGAAAAAGUGGUUCGGCUCUCUUUUGGUGACAUUAAAGGGAGACAUAUCAACAUAAACAGCAUUUAGUAAACACAUCAAUAGCUGGCUACAACUUGUGGUUCAGGUAGGAAUCUCCUCUAACAGUUAGCUUACGAAGAAGCCGUAUCGCCAUAGUGUUCAAUCCCACUAUAUGUAGUAGUGCUCUUAAUCUAUCAGUCAAUUAUUUUGCUUACAUCACCAGAGUCGGCCGUUCGGCCACACAUCCCGUCGUGGUGCUUUACAACGAUCACUGUCCACGCAUCUAUGCUCGCUAGUUGACAUUUGUAAGUGCUUGAACAAACGGUGCUUAUAGUAGACUGAUAAGACCAGUAACUUGUACUAGACCCCGCAACUAAGUUUUUCUAUUCAGCAUAUUCAGUGUCAUGAUCAAGAGCAAAAGUACUUAUUUUGCGUUCCCCUAAUGGACAUUAAUUACCCAUUGUUGUAAAAUGGGAAAUAGAAAACAAUACAGCGAGAGCGGUUAUUGUGCGACCUUUUUAUUGGUAUGGAUGGAAAGACGAGCAAAGUUUACGAACCGCGACCGCUCUUAGAACAGAUAUGACAAAAACAUUAGUAAGCAUCUGUGAUUGAGGCUACACGGAUCGUGUUCCGAAUUGUAGACGCUAGUAGCGUAGCAAGGCGGCGUAGCAACGAGCUCGGUCAUCAUCUUUGACUAUCGUAUGGGUGCUCACCCGAUGUGGGAUCCCCGAAAAGAUUUGGGGCGCAAAUUAUCCCGGCAUUUGUCAUAUUAUAUUUUGUGGGGUAGCUGUGUGUCCCCUAUUCCAAAUAAUCCUUACGAUGUAAGUGUAUCGGAAGGAUUAUUAAGAUGUCAGCCAACGAAAAGUCAUACCUAUACGGAGGGGCAAUAUUUUGACCAGCGUUUUCAACUGACAGUGUUUACGAACGAUCGCGAAGCUGUAGAAAUAUCAUAAUAAAUACAUGUUAAUAAAGAGACAGUUACAUUUUUUUUAUACGCUCGCCAUAUAUAUAAAUAAAUAAAUAUAUAUAAAGGAUGCGUGUUUGAGCCCAUGUACACCCAAUUUAUCAUGUAUUAGAUGCCGAUAUUUAAAAGACGUUUGCAUUUUUAAAGAUACUGACCGGCGUUUUCUUAAGAACGCGCUAGUGUAUUUACCGGGCCUAUUUAAAUAUUUGUUUUGUUUAUAUAUAAAGGUAGUAAUGCUCUAUUAUAGUAGAUGUUCUGUAAUAUUUGAUUUAUUUCUCCAAACAUUAUAUAUUUUUUUUCUCAGAUUUAUAAAAUUGUAAAUAGAUGAUAACAGCGUUUGUUAUUAGCAACAGUUUGAUGAUGUCCAAAUCCUGUAUGCGAUUUACAUAGACAAUUUGAAAAAGGCCGCCAUUGAACCGUUCAUUGUAAAUAUUCCUAGAAGAGCUGCAUCUAGAGGAUUUUCCCAUUAAUACAUACAUACAUACAUACAUACAUACAUCUACACCCUCAGCCAGAAUAGGAAGCGUAAUCAAUAACAAAUUACCUUGACCCACGUGUUUGUCGUUGUUGUCCAAGGGCGUAUGGUACAUCGUUAUAUAUAAAUACUGCUGUAGUAAAGAUGCUUUCUACUUUCAGAGACAUAUUGUUAUACGUUGUUCGUACGCAACUGUUCAAAAGCGUAAUAAGUUAAUCAUAGCAAUGGUGGCAGCAUGUGCUCCCCUGUUGCAUUAUGCAUAUUGUACCUUCUAAUUGUCAGAAAGUGUAAAAGAUAGCUAAAUUCGAAAACUUACUUAGCUAUAGCUUGAUGCGUAGCUUCAGAAAGAUUCGACUUGGUAAACCUAUAUAUGCUGAAAAGGUUCUCACAUUUUUAUCGAGUCACCGUUACACUAACUUUGUGCUUUGUAUUCAUUACGUUUCCAAAUUAUCCCAAAACGUGUAUCAUUAUACGCAUUGACUUCUGACGGCACAACUGGUCAGAAGCCGAACUUUGUCGAGCAUCUGCCAAUAAUCGCGACCCUUCGUAUACCGACAAGCAGUAAGCAAUCGGCAUAUAUAGUUUGAAAUCAUAUACCUGGUGUCCUUCUGUUUUUGUCCGUCCUCUACCUCUCCAAAUCGUCAAAAACUUCUAGUGAUACCUAGAACAUUAUGAUCAGAAUAAUGCAAGCCACAGUCUAGCUACUUCCGUUUCUCAGUGGACAGACCGAUUAUGAUUAUCGGCACCGCAGCCUUGCAUCAUCGCAGAAUAUCAGGCGAAUUAUUUGCCUAAACGGCCUAACAGAUCUCUUCAAAGCCUGUCAUAAUAUUGGUUAAACAAGGCAAAGUACGGCUGUAUUAGCGGCAUAAAUAGUGGUCCCCACUGCUUCAGCUCCUUUGGUGACGGCAUCUAUGGCUGUGUCGGCGACGCAGUCGCUUCAAAAGCACAGGCACACCUGACCAGAUAGGUAGAGUUUUCCUCGCAGACAAUUAUAGCAGUCCGCACGCUGCCGUUGUCUACCUGGCUAUGUUAUACUUUGUACUACGAACGAAUAAUAGCCCGAUCAGCGGAGGUCAAUGGGUACACGCGGGCCGGCGGCCGUUUGAAUGGGCUUCAUUACCAAUGCUUUUUGAGAACCACUGCGAUUGAUACUUUCUAUGUUAUUAUUAUUUUCGACUACGAUUAUUGAAAAUCAGCUACUGUCAUAAUGUAGAUAGGCAACGUAACUAGUGACUGUUGUGAACGUGUAGCGUGAUGGCUGUAUGAUGGGCGGGGGGCAUCUGAUGUGUCUGACGCUCACAGUGUCAUAAGGCAAUUCAUGUACACUAUUAUAUCGCGGACAAAUUGAAUACGAUGAAGGUAACCUGUAAAAGUCCAACUUACUAUAUGUAAUAAACAACUGUUGAAUCUCUCUAAUAGGAGCGUAGAAAUGAAAGAAGCUUUCCGUAACAGUCGACCCCAUUUAUGAUAUCUUAUAACGAGUUUUUCGCUCUUUCUUAGCUUGAAACUAGACAACUAGGCGUGACUCAAUUUUUACCUUCCUUAUUGAAGUCCUAAUUCUCCCAAGAAAGCAAAACAACACUGCUCUAAGGAGAUAUAGAUUAUAGCAAACCGUUCGGCUGGUUUUGGAAGUCGUCGCACUCCAUGCUAAUGGACCAGUGUUAACAAUGUCAUUUUCAACGGGCUCGCUCUUGCCAGGACGUGAUAGGGUAAAAAACGAUCCGAUGAGACCCCCUGGAGUAAUAUUUUGAUUGACGGUAUAUGAGCUACUGCAACAGAAGGGCGCUCACAAAAGCUUCGGACCUCCCAAACGAUCACACUGGCUUACGAAGUUUCUUUUACCUCGUAUCUGUCUUGCUUAUACUAAGCCCUAAAGCUUUGAAGUAAAAUCUAGGUUUUGCACCUUCAUACUAGAGUAUGUUGGUCGAUUUCUCUCUAAGAGUGAUGAUGAUAUACAACUGAUCCAUCCAAAAUGAUGUAGAAUCUAGUUGGUACUUAUUUUGGGUUCCCCUGCUACACCUAAGGUCUUAGUUAUGUAAUACUGGGUGCAAAUCAAUCGAAGUUCCAUUGUCGCUGAAUUCUUUCGACUGAUCUCGAGGAUAUGUAUCGGUCGAAACUAUAAUAGAUCCUGACGGUCAUUGGCAAUGACCAUUAUAUGUAACGACUGCUGGAAAGAUGUCACUCCUGACCAAUUUCAUUUGGUCAAUUCUGCUUGAUCUGUAGUUGACUUUCUUCUGUUGAUGAUUAUUGUACACUAAGGUAUUCUAUUCUACAUUUCAAUGUUGAAAAAGUCUUGCCCUUUCAAUUUUUUGUGGUAAUAAACAACACGUAAUAAGCUACAUCUGUACAUUCGGACUAGACGUUAUACAUUUCUUCGGUGCAUGGUUCAUUCAGGAACCUGCGUAACGUUUAGUAGACGCAUAUGUUCAAUUUGUUUGACAUCGAUGUUUUAUUCAUUCCGAUACCAUACUAGUGUAAUUUUCAUCCAACUUACAGGUACGCUAAUAACCUGUACCGUUGUAGCGUAUGUGCAAGGUUGACGUUUACACUUUCACUAUAUUUUUAAAAAAUAAUUUUUAAACGAAAACGGGCUCUUUCAAAUAAGUAUUGUUCGUAUUUUAUCGGCAAUAAAUAUUCGACUUAACAAAACAUCGCGAUAAAACGCCAGAAGGUCAAUCUAUAUAUAUUCAAGUUCAUGAGUGAAACAAUUGAAUUGCCAUGAUUUGGAAACCAGAUCGAACUGUCACCUAUAUUUUUUGGUACACCGAUAUAUUUUCUAGUAUCGCUAAUUGUUGCAGGUCAUUCUGUACUAUCAUCAGUGAUUCGUGUUAGGACAACGACCUUGGGGUCGGUCUACAGCAUUUUUUGCAUGGCUGAGUUAUCGUCUUUGCUGUACUUUAGCCCCCGUGGCAAACGCUGCUGAUACGGGUGCCAGAUAUGACGACGCCGCCCAGCGCAACACCUACUACACACAUAUAUAAUGUGGUUGGUUUUUGUAUUAUUUUACGACGCGUAACUUGGUUCGGGUAUCUCGCUGUCGUAUGAUAUUUAGCUUGGUCAAAUUGUUAAUGUAAUGAUAUAUAACGAUUGCAUAAACGCGCAAGCGCACAAACAGGCCAAGUAAUAAACGAUUUUAAACGGAAGAAGCAAAUAUAUAGUGGCAGUGGGUGUGGAGAUGUUUUUCCAUCUAAUUUCCCGCGCUGCACGCGUACAAGUUGAUAUGUUGGCUCGUAUAACGGACAAUCGUUAGAGAGAAGACGCAGGCUUCAUUAGCGGUCUUUACUACUAACUAAAUCAUAUUCUUUAUACUUCCUUUAUGUGACUUUUAUACUAACGCUUGUGUAAAUCUGGAAUGGUACACUUUAAUGCACAAUUGUUGCACUCACGAGAUAUUGAAGCAUUCUUGAAAAUAUAGCAAUGGGCGUAGAUAACCCAAAACCAUCCAUUUGAUAGCAUCUUUGGUCCACAUUAAUUUUUGAAUUUAUUCUUGACUCUAUUAACCAGUGGAAGAAACACUAACUCAACACUUGGUUUAUUGUCUCUAAGUAGCUUUAAUGAAGAACAUUGAAAAAACUCAGGAUGAGUGACUUUUACCGCGUUCGAACAGUAAGGAACCACGUGCCAGCUCGCUGAUAUUCUGCUGAAGCUUCUGAAUGAAACUAUUAAUCGCUAGAAUUUUCAAUGACAUGGUCCGAUUGGCUAUCGUGCAGGGCAUAUCGUUAUUUCGUCAUUGCACGAUAGACGUGUGUGAGGCAUGACGAAGAAAUGAAAUAUUGACUGACAAUGUUAAGUAGAGUUCAUUAAAGCCCUUUUUUAUUCACUAUAUCAGAUGCAGGACCUCUCACGCAACUUUUUCAAUAUAGCCAGGUCGCUUCUGACAUAAGCAUGUCAUUGAAUGACAUGUUCCAUUUGUUACGAGUGCAUAUUUAUAUAACGUUGCGCUGCCUGCAAAUAUGCCCGGCGUCUUUCUCUCCUGCGAGAACGAAUGAAGAAAUCUAGACCUCCAAUUUUCCAUUCGUUGCUUGCCAAGACGAAGGUUUUCAAGGUGCAGCUGCCCUGCACUUUGGCAAUAGCAGAUAUAAUCUAGCUCUACUAAAUCAAGUGAAGCAUGUCUGGACAAGUUGUCAGCUGGCAAUAUGUCAUGAAUCCAACGAUCGACAUAAAAGAAAGAAAGAAACCACUUUUUUUUUUUUUGGUCGCACCGCAGAACUCAGGAGUACCGACACCACUUGUACGCAAUCACACGAGUUUCCUAUCUCCCCAAAACAAAUCAACAAAAGUCCAGAAUAAUAUGAGAAUUUUUAGUAUUAUCACAGCACGCCUAUGCUGUCAGUAAUACUUUAGCUUAGGGCCGUAAACAAUGCUGACUAGCUUUACCUAUGUAAGUUUGCCGUGUGUUUCAGUUUUUCCAUAAUCUUAGUGAAAUCGACUCGACCUAAGAGUAAUUCUCUAACAUUGUUAAGUAUGUUAUAACGCUAGCAAUCUCCUAAUACGUGCCGUUAAAUCCAUAAACGACGCCAUAAGAAAUCGAGGUGCGUGACGCUUUUAUCCAGAGCUGUUCACGAUCCAUACCAUCAUCGUUGGUAGUUAACACAUACGCAUCUUGUCCCAAAGGACUUUGAAAUACAUCUAUUUGAAAUUUUAUUGUUUGGAAUUUUAACUUUCUAACGCUAACUUGAGAUCGUGUGACGAUUGUUAAGAGGAAUAGCUUGCGUCAGUUCUAAUUGAUUAUCAAUCGAAGAACGACUCUGUGAUCGUAUUUGCUUCUGAAAGCCUAUAUUCAUUAGCCGCAGCCUCUCCGAUGACUCACGUCUCUCAUGCACAACAAGACAUUGUAUAUAGUACACACCAAAUGGUCGCAUACUCGGUUACUCUAAUAAAAGGUCAGAUGGUCCCUAGGUUUCUAAAAAAUCCAUUUUAUCGCAUAUUAUAUUGUUUUGCGUUUCGUAAUUGUGACUUAAUGCUAUAUUACAUUGGGCUCUUGGAAUUUGGUCGAAUUUCAAUACUGGGCAUUACAGUCCCCUGCGUACUUUCCUCCUCACCAACAUGGGUUACCUUAACGAAAGUAGUGUAAUAGAGGGCUGGGCGACAAAUAUAAAUACUGGGUUUAUGUGAAUAAGCUUCAGCCAGCUAAGCUUCUCUUUUGAAUAAAAUUUCUAUAGCAUACACUAUGUUGUGGAAACACGAUUCGUAGUGUUCUAGGUGUACUUUGAUUCUAGAGUCGCUAAAUGACUUUGUGAAGCGCUGAUAUAGACGCCCAAAUCCGCGGAACGACUGCCUGGCUUGAUCUGGCCGCAGUUCAUUCAGUGGAGCAUGUAUGCGACGGAAAAUUUACAUUUUUACGUGCCACAGCUACCGUAACAACCAUUCUAUGACUGCCGAAUAGACGAUUAUUGGUUGAACUUGCCCCCGCAAGUUGUCUAGCAUUAUGGUCGUCAUAGCCUCCACUGCACCAACGGUCUAUGUUAGGCUGCGCUGGGUCGUUGAGAGUCAUUAAUGUUCUUUUGCCUCUUCUAGUCGUCGCUCUCGUCCGGAUAGCAAUCGUAACUGCGUCACGGUAAAAAUGCCUUAUUGAUACAAAGGCCUAAACUAUGAUCGAAGUCGGGCAGUUAAGUCCCAUGCUAUAUAGUUUGGGGUGUACGAAAUGACGAACGCUAUUGUAGUGUUUCAGUGAUCCUCCGCGCAUAGCUUCGUGAGCUUUUCCUAUAGGAUGAUGAACCCCCAAAUCGUAAGGUGUAAGAAGAUCCCUUGACAUCUAUUGUACAGCGCAGAUUCAUACAGAUGCAUACAGAUUCAGUAAAUCGGUGAUGGGGAGCACAAAGGGAAUCUUAGGUGCUCAAAAUACUAUUUUGUAUUAGGACCCCACCGAACGAUUUUGAGAUUGUAGUAUAAGUGAAUAAUAAUUAAUAGUAUAAUUUAGUGAUACAAUUAAUGACCAAUUUAUACGACUAUCAAUAGGAUGCAGGUUCUUCGAGGGUCGGCAGCGAAUGUGUUGUUCCUUGUCAAAGGUAUACAUGUAAGGCAAUGUGAGGUACUAAAGUCCCACUAAGCGUGUAUACAUAGUAAUGUGGUAUAAUCUCACUAUAGACUUGGUCGUACUACAGACUGUCCUACUAGUAGACACUAUCAUGAUCCUAUCGGGAAGAAUCAAUGACGAUGUGAUUGGAAACAUAACACGCGCAGCCAGGCAUACGUGUAGCGAUUGGACUAGAAAUUAAAUUCACCUAAUAAAUAUACAGCCUACUCUAAAAGUUUUUGUUUUGGGCAAUACGUAUAGUUCGUUAAUAUGGUAAGCAGCCACCUUACCAUACUGCUGUCUCUGAGAAGGGGGAGCUAUAUAAUAAGAUAAUAUAAUUACGUAUCGCAUUUUGUAGCCUGGGGCGCGACGAUGUAAGUAUGCGAAAUAGACGUGUCUGCUCAGUCUCGAAACCGUGAGUCAUCAAACCAACCCACCAAAACAACGCCGGCUAGUAUAUCCACAAGCCUGUCUUUUACCUGGGCAAUUUAUAUUCUACAUGCACAGUCUGAUGUCUGAUUAAUUCAAUAACAAGCAGUUAAAUUCCUAUGAAAACUUCAAACUCAUUUAGCGUACGCGCGUACUACGCCUUCACGUGCAUCCUCGCAAAACGUAUCUUAACGAAAACUAUGCAUACUAUAAGUAAAUAGACGACUUUAAUGGAGUUCUCCGCCAGAUUGAUCAAUCAUCCUAUUUCCAUAUUUAACUUAAGGAUUAAUUGCACAUGCACUUUUUCUAAAGAACUCAACACGAACAUACACAUGUCAGAUGAAGCUUUUAGACGGUCUUUCGGGGCUUAUCAAUGUUAGAAGAUCCAUUUCCGAAUGGAUCUUCUAACAUUGAUGUAGAACUAAUGGAGCCAAGGCGGGAGGGCAUAAAAGAUACUUUUUAUAUUUUACUUUCUAAACGUAAAUACUACUGUAGUGAUAUGUAAGUCGUUUAAACGUUGCUUUAGCCCCAUGUGCGUGACUGUGGUCAAUAAUUUCAAAUAGAAAUUGACUGGGAUUGCCUAUUCUGUCAAAAGGCAAUACCUCGUUGAUUAGCUUAGCUCAAGUUUAUAUCUUGAGCGUUUUAGACCAUCUGCAUGCUUCAGCCUUUUCCCACUGGACGGACCAUGUGUCCACGAUCGGCCACGCUUUCCAGGUAUGUCAGGAAGACAAAAAAAUAGAGACAUGACCUCGAUUGUGAGAUUAUGUUUGUAGUUCCUUCCAAGAGUAGUAGUACAUUGAUUCUGUAUCGUUUCCGUAUCGAUCUUAAGGGAGAGCCUUAAAUUUCUAUAUAGGUAAAUAUAUAUACUGGUAUAUAUUGGUCAUUAAUUGUAUCACUAAAUUAUACUAUUAAUUAUUAUUCACUUAUACUACAAUCUCAAUAUAUAUAAGUAUAUACGUAAAUUUGACUUACAGUUCCCAGUAAUCCAAGGUAAAUGUGGUGAGGACGCAGCUAUCAUUAAAACCAGCACCAAGCUAUAUACACACACAUGGCUGAUACCUAUUGUGUCGCCCAAAAGAAGAUUGAGAUCGAUUUGAUCUUUACUAUUUAACUAUUCGCCAAAAUGCUUCCUGUUCGUCAACCCAAGAGUAGGUUUCGGCAAAGACCUGCUUAAUAAAGCAUCGUAAAUGGUCUAUGACCUUAUGCUUACAUGAGCAAUGUAUUUAUUUUUAUAUAUAUAUAUUUAUACAUGAGCAACUAGAUUUAUUAGGUAAACAAAUGUACUUGACUUACGUAAAUAUCGAUUUGCCUGAAAUUUAAGGAUCGAUUGAUAAAAUGCUGUUUGUUUUGUAGAUGUAAGCUGAGUUCAUGUGCUGCUCAACGGACUAUUGCGCGUCAUCGCUUUGAGGACAAUUAAGAAGUCCACGGCGCAAUCUAGGCCAUUGAUCAGUGGUUCCUUAAAAACUGCUCAGUGGUUAGAGUAGUUUUCCGAACGAUCAGGCUUCCAAUUUUGAGCUUCAUCGCACUUUUCACAUUGGACGGAUUUAACUUCGUUCCAAUUAGCUGCCUGGCGAGAGAACUAUUGGCACAUUUUUAUUUAAAGCUGUGUAUGCAAGUUAGAAAAUCGGUUGCUUUCUGAGAAGAAAAAAUUAGAAGGUGGCGUACGAUGCCAAUGAAACUAUGACUAUGACUUCCGUAAACAGACGAAGGCUCUCAUUAACACCUCAGUAUACUGAUAUAGCGGUAUUAUGAUUAUCGUAAUAUAAUAUUUUUUUUGAUAACGUUAAACGUUUACAUUACUUAGCCACAGAAGAUUCACUUUGGCACUGAGCAGAUUAGCACGCGCAAACGCGAUUUAGAUAACAGAUUCAUUUUAUAAGUUCACCAUGGUAUCUACCACUUCCGAUCACUGGGCACUCCCAGAUCACAGAUCCGUCCAGACGCGAGAAAUUUUCAUUUACUCAUCCAUCCAUCCAUCCAUCCAUCAAAAAAAUUUCAUCGACGUCAACGUGCGACGAAACGGAGUAUGCCUUCCCGUAUACAAGUCACAUAAAAUUAUGCUAUAUAGGCAAUAUAUAUGUGGAUAAUGAAAGUUUGCCCAACUAAAACCACUAAAAUUUCCAAUACCGACCUGAAAACUAUGAGAAACCGAAUAACCUGUUCUGUCGUUAAACAUUGCCCCAGACAUUCAGAGAACUUUGCACGCAAAAUCAGGUUAACAACUUAAAUAACGCACGCAUCAUAGACUGCUACACGUGAAGAACAGGCUUGCGGUAUAUACACGAACUCUAAUAAAUAUAAUAUUACAAUGGAAGUUACGAGAAGUUUUUUUUCACGUCACAGCCGCAGCAAAUCUAAGUGCUAUAACUCUAAUGGUAUGUUACCAAUGAUUAAGCUGAGAAGAACAACAGAUCGAUCAUGCGACGCUAAUUUAGGCGUUGUUACGUUCUGGACUAUGAGGUGAUCGCAAAUAAAAUAUCCCUGCAGGCUUUUGGGGCAAGUAGUUCCUCUAGUGAUGUUCAAAGCAGAUAAAUUUAUUUUCUUUAACUAUCAGGUAUUCGAACGUAUGAAAUGAACGACAAUGAACCGACGAACAGGAAUCUAAAGAAGCGCCUUGAAAAUUCCAUUGCGACAGCAUCAGGCGGAUCAGAAGGGCGACGAGAGGCAAAGGGCGAGGUGCCCCAAGGUCAGCGGGAACUAUCAACCCAGAUUCAAGAGCCAGUGGAGACAGGUCGCCUGAAAGCCUAAAAAAAAAAGUCAGCCUUGUCAGACGUGUAAACACACCAUUUUUUACCGUAAAUAAAGAUUUAUUUGCAGUCGGCUGAAACAAGGCAAGAAGGCGUCAUUAUAACUGUAUGUCUUUGAAGCAAUACCCAAAGGUUAUUCAAAAAACUAGUUAUCCAAGGUUAGGUAAGCGUCCACAGCGAAAAAUUUCGUUUCUUUUCGAGAUCAUGAUUUUCUAAUCUGAAGUAUUCGCGGAGUCGAUUCAUUGGGCUACAGAUUCUUUGCGGUUGCUUUGAUACACGUACCUGUAGCUGUUCCCUAUAUACGAUAUGAAAAAUUUGAAUGACGUUACCUCUGUCCGUAUUAUGAUUUCGUAUUUGCACAGUACACUGCGGGCAUUGUCUAUAUAGAAGAGCUUGUUAUAUAUCUGACGGUUCCACUUAGUGGUUCAGGCUCAAGGUUAAUUGAAGCACUGGAAACGGAAUCUAGGAAGAGAAUUAUAUACGCAGCAUUUAGCGUAUGACCUACCGAUUCGUAAGAUUAGGGACACUGAGAGUUCACUAGUAGUCAUCGCGCUUUGUUCCCAACUUACUCUGACCUGCUAUGUCUGAUACUACUGACCGGCGUCAGAGUACCCAUAUCCCCUAUGGACAAGCAUAAGGUAAAAUUCAGAGUUUGGGCUAAAUAUAUUGUGUGCAUAUAUAUACGGAAUAAAGGUCCGUAUUUUUCAAAUACGGGUGUGUCAGUGCUCUUUAUAUUGUCAAACGAAAAAUAAAAAAUAUUCAACGCUUACUUCUAUAAGCGAGACUACAUACCGUCGAUCUUGAAUGUACUGCAAGAGUUAAAUAUGCCGCUACAGCGUUACAGAAGAAAUCUGCCGCCGAAUGCCGUUGCUAUUAGUUAAAAUCGGACCCCCAAUCGCUCCCUGGAGGCGUUCCUGUAGUUAUCGUUUGGUGUACAUCCCAGAUGCCUGUCAUGCGCCUACUAUAAUUGUUCCAUCGUAUAUUUUGACGCGCUUUUGUUCAUAGCAGUCGACGACUAACUCUCGACCCUGUUCAAGCACCCAUUCUGCUUAGGCCAGCCUAAUUAAGCCAGGACACCGCCCUGCAGAGUGUAGUUCGGCCUUAAAUAAUAAACUCUAUCUGUUAUGCACAUCUCAGAUCACAAAUAUUUUCCUGCGAUAAAGAAGAUUAGUGAAUAGAUGGAGUUAUAAGAAACCCGCUUACUGUGCUUGUCGCGAAGCUGAUUCUACGGAGGAGUCCAUUUUGGAUUUCGAUCUUCACAGAAAUACUGGAAUCAAAGUGUGAUUAAUGAUCGUCAUCGGCAAAACAAAAUAUUGCAUUGGGCUGUUCUAUUCAAAUGCUUAAUUCAGAUUUUCGUUGGAAAACUGCACACUUUUAUUAUAUAGCUUCAUGUACACCUAUAUUUGAUUUGAAUGUUAUGAAUGAUUUGGGAACCAUUAUGUGCUACGGCAAUUCGUUGUCCUAUUAUGUGAGAUAUGCCCGUUAGUUGGCCGGACAGGGAAGUUUGUUUAUUUGAUACAAAUAUUAGUCAAAGUCGACUAAAAGAGGUAGCGACCCACGAUAGGAAACACAACAGCGCGAAUUUAGUUUCAUCAUUCUGGCUAAUGUUUUUGGGCUAUCGUAGCUUAAUACCUAGAUCUGAAGCCUGGUAUCCGUAAGAAAUGCACACUAAGAAAAUGUGUCAUAUGGAGGAACACAGUGUUCCCAGCUCACAAUAGCGUACUACCGCUUGGGCCGACGGGCUUAAGGUCACGUCAUGAUGACUUCAAAAUUUCAUUCUACACUUCAGGGCAUGACUUUCGCACAUAUACAAAAAACAUCAAGUGGGCUGUUUCGUUUACUAUAUAGUGUCUUUUCGUCUUCCAUUACAUUUACCCUUGAACAAUGUUUUGUUUUGGGAAAACUACUAAAUCUUGCUUUCCUUUUCGCAAGCUUAUCUCGUUUGUACGACCGUUAUCAGAGAUAGUGCAUCGUUAUUCUGAAACGUAUCUAAGCUUCUUAUAUAUUCUAGUAGUGCAUCAUAAUCUAUUUUAUAGUGCGGUUUGCACGGGUCCGCCUAUCAAGCUGUUUUCAAUACAACUGAGCUCCUAGAUAGAGCAGUCUGCAUCUCUCCAAGUUAACGCUAAGUCAAUAUUUGGCAUGAUCAAGUUAUGAAUAGACACGAGUAUCGAGGAGGUGACUAAACAACUAUAAAGAAACUGUCUAAGAUAAUCAAAAUAUGGGUAGCUCUUGACAUAAACCCAUACAAUUUUAUUAGUGAUUUCAGCGACACUUAUUGUAACCUGAAUACAAAUGAAAAAUAGGAUCGUGGGGCAACUCGGGAAAUUCAAAAUCUGUUUUAAGUCAGACCUUCGUAUAUUUUGGAUGAAUGCAUUUACGUGGCUUUUUUUUUUACCUUUCUACAUGUGUAUCUAAUUUUCAAUAUCAACUCAAAAAAAAGUGUAAAAGCGCAAUUUUAAAUACAACGGAAAUCGAGUCUUCUACACAAUAUCUCUGAAAUACGAUACAACUGGGCAAGUACGACUACCAUGAAUCCUUUAUGUUCAUCAAGGAUUAUGCUUUCAGAAAUCGACGACACGUUUGUUAUGUUAGCGUGCAAUGAAACGAAAUAAUGAUAAGCCCCCCUUAGAACUAACCUUUGAGGUUCCCCUUGAUUGUCAGUAACGCGACGAAAUCGUACGCUGGUCACGUUUUAAUUAACUCUGCAGACCUGUUUGCUUCACGAUAAAGUUACUCCGAAGGCGCAUGAGCUAAAAACCAAUUUCUGAUCGAGUUACGUUUAGAAAGGGGCGUUGUCAAAUAAUCAGAACGCCUCGCCUCGUACUAGGAGCUAAUCUUCUGAAGCAAUGUUUAACGGCUUCAAAAAAAUUCGAGACAUUGUGACAGUCAGUUUGUGCCAUUUUGAGAAGAUAAUAACCCUGUUUUUGGCAUCGUGCACUAACUGGUUUACGUGCUUUAUUAUGUGAGAAAUUGAUAAUAAUCUGAUAACUUUUGGCCAAUCUGGAUCAAGAGGUACAUUUUAGAUCGUAUAUAAUUAAAUAUAUCGUAUAACAACAAUUGGUUAGUUUAAGCGGUAUUCGAUUGGCCCUCUAAUUCACGAAAGCUUAUUUGAGUUGCAAAACUGAAAAGCACACAGAAAGGGAUAAGAUACGUACGACAAAAGUAACAAACAUACAUUUUAUUUAUUUAUUUUUAUUUUUCAAUGUGUUUAUUGUCUUUCGUUGUAUUUUUACGAAGCUGCUAUCAGUUCUCAACCAGCGAUACUCAAACUUGCUACCAUCGAUAAAUCCUUACAUGAUUAAGCUUCGUCACGAUACGUAGUAUCGUUAAUGACAGAAGCUAAUGAAUGGCACGAUCGGCUUAGACUAAUAUCUGGCAUUUGGCCGUCAUCGCGAGAUUGGCGCUAAAAUAUUACCGGGGUAAAUGAUGCUCAAUAUCAAGAUGAGGUCUGACCUGUUACGUGUCACACAAAGAAAUACACAGCUCUUUUACAUUGCUUUUUUAUAUAUUCCUUCCUGUAUUCUUCUCGGAUCUGUUUUGAUAGUUGCUGUUUGUUUAGUGAUCAUUAUUAGGCAGCUAAAGGGCAAUGGGCCAGCAACAAGGUGUGUUGGCUGGGACACGAAAUUCUGCAGGAGUGGACUGGGACGCAAAAAGCACUAAAAGCGCAUGUUCGUUAUCGUCAUCGAAACGAUUUCGUCGGAAACUACGGAAAAGUCUUCGAAUUCGCAAGAACCGCUCGUGUCGGGAUCUUAGUGCCACAUUUCAAUACAGCUUGGGUGACCAUGACGACUGCGAUCAACUCAACUUAAAUACUGCAACGGAAGAUGAGCUUAUGACAUUAACUGGGGUCAGCCGCCAGACAGCGCGAGAUAUUGUCGCACAUCGAAGGGCAAUCGGCGGAUUUCGGAAGGUGGAAGAUCUGGCCUUAGUAUCCGGGGUAGGGGCAAAUAAGUUGGAACUUCUACGGAACGAAGUGUGCGUGUCAAACUUUAAUCAUAAACGAAUAUCUCGGGGUCAGAAGACCGCUCUAUCACUCGAGUCGCUUGAUGGGACCCCCGCCAGAAGCUCGACUCAGACACAGGUCAAUAUAAACACGGCGUCUAUGUUUGAACUUAUGGCUCUCCCUGGACUGACACAAGAAUUGGCUGCCGGGAUUUGUCAUGUUCGAGAAAAGAGGGGGCACUUUAAAACAAUCGAUGCUCUUCUCAAGGUCAAAGGAAUCUCAAGCGUUCAAUUGGCAGUCUUGCGUCCAAGACUUUGCGUUGAUUUUUCAAGUUGUCCAACACCGACAGAUGAUAACGGUAGUGCUGCCAGCAACGAUUCUACUACAUUUCACACCGGAAGUGACAUACGACCUGCGACAUCACUUUGUACACGGAAAUCCCCGAGCAUUUCAUUGAAUUCAAGACGCUCUCGACAAAUUAUGGCAGCUAGUCUCGCACCUAAAAGCUGGGAUCCGGAAAUCGACUAUGAUAUCUACAAGUUGAUUGCCCAUCUUACUGUCCGCCCUAUUGUCGCUCGAAAUGAUCCUCCGAGCGUUUCGCAUAGCCGCGUUCGGAUAGCGCUGUGGGAUCUGGAGCAGCUGAGUGAGGACAAGGCAUCCAAUCUGGGAGUGCAGGAAGUUGUUUGUCGGACCCUAUUAGAAAACGAAAUCUCGGUACUAGUAUGCCACGACGUCACCUCGCCUUUCGCUGCUGCGCGCUUAACUACCGAGUUAAAUCAGCCUCUCUUGUCGCGAAUUGCUGCUUGGGAGCCUCAAGAACGACGCUGGCAUUAUAUCUUCCCCACACGAGCCCUGACUUCAAAUGGCCACGAUGAUAAAAAACCUCAGAACGGUUAUGUCAGUUUUCCUACGGUUAGCAAGCAGCAAAAUAGUGAACGGUUAGUGGAGAGCCUUUCAGGACUUCUCUAUGCUGCCGCGAAUGGUCUUCGACAUCUCGAUCACAAACUGGUUGAUUUAGGGCCUAAUCUGGCCCCAGCUCUCAUCGCGCACUUUGAAGUUGGUGCCUCCCUACAAUUUUCGGUAGUGUCAGUUGAUCUUCGGGGUCUAAGUGGCCCUACCGGAUUGAGGUCAGCACUGCCCUCUUUCGUUGAACGCCUUGCCGCGGAGCUAGGGCAAACAGAUAAUGUUGUAGUUUGUGGAAACUUCCUCACCUCGGCUACCGAUGAAGCGCUAGACGAGUUGGCCCGUGUCGGCUUCCACCUGCUACAUCCGAUCGCCAGUCGGGAUCACCUUUUACAUGAACAUCUACACGUGUGGUGUUCACCAGGAGCUCGAGCGCUUUGCCGUAGUAGCGAAGCCGAAACAAUCCAAAGUGGCCUCAUGCAUCCGAUGAUACCCAAAGCGGAUUUAUUGCAUAGGUCCAUGGCAUUGGGGCGGCACCGUCAGUUCACAUAAACCCAUUUUCAUCGAGUUGAUGCUACCCACGGCGAACGGAGCGAUCCUUGCUCACGGCCAGCAGGUCUUACUCAAUGGAAUGAUAUCGGCUGAUUAGCGAAAGCUGGUCUCUUUGGAUAGUCCUGGCCAAAUGAAGAGAUUUGCCUCUUGGCAACCUAAAAUUGCCGGUCUAUAGAGUCUAUAUAUGUGGAUUAUUCGAGAGUGUAAAUCUAUAAUCAAUAAAAAAAACCUCAACAGAGUUUAGCUACAGGAAGAUAAAUCGAUGAGGUCGCAAUUGUGCCUAAUGUUAGUGCGUCAGCGCAUAUGACGAAAGUUUCGAUUGUGACAAGAAACUUUCAAUGUUACAAUGAUAUUAUAGAUGUAUAUACCCUAAUUGGAUGUUGGCAAUGUACUAAUUACAUUGCUAUGUGAUAUCGUCGUGUGAUUUUUGAAUUUCCGGUAAAAUUCGGAACACGUUAUCAUUACAUAGUAUGUUAGAUGCUCAAUUUCGGAGCAUCAGGCGUCAGCACAUAUAUAUAUAUACAUACAUAUAUAUACGAAUUCAAUUGUGUACUGCGACUCAGAAGGGGAUGAAGGACAGUUCUUCUUAAACGGCAUAUUGUAGUGUUUUGUCUCAAAAAUAGCCAGAGUUGAUUGACUAGUUUACACCGUUCAACAUAAAUAUGGAUGUAUAUUACUCUAAUAUUAAUAUUAAGAAAUAUUACUCGUGAAAAUGGUAAGUUAUUCAAAUCGUUUAGAAAAACACUUAAGUAUGAUGCAAGAAUCGUGCGGCCUGAUUCCUUUGCCAAAAAGACAGAUUUGUACUUGGAACAAGUAUCAAUCAUCAACCACACUGUGGCGUAAACAUUAGUUUAACUUGAGUUGUGGACCAAGAGCACACGCUUUAAGGGGUCUUUGAUGACUUUGAACGCUUCGACGUAUGCAACUCUUUGGUUUGGCGAAGGUGUUGUACAGACAGAAUUAUCUCAUAAUAGCAUUCUAUCAUUUGUCGAUUCCCAGUGGGAAAAGUGACAUGCUUAAAUGCUAUAUUGUGUGCAAUGUUAUAUUCAUUUCAGACUGUACAUAAGAUGAUUUUAUUUGUUCUACCAACUAUAGCAAUGAAUGGGCUGUCCUAGUGUAAUAUGUACGCUGUUCUUAGCUACUUUGUAAGAUAUCUUCAAUACAAGAAUAAGCCAUCAAUGCUUGCACCACAACUUGAGAACAAGUCAUUGUUGUAGGGAAAUUUAUCUGACAGGACAAGACGUAUGCCACAAGAACACUUCAUUUACCGAGCGUGAUAACACUGUAGCUUAAACUUCAAGUCUGCAAGUAAGAACAUUUUGUUUAUUCCGUGGAGAUAUUAAUGCUAAUAGUCAUAUUAUUUGAAGCCAUAAAAUCACUAAGGAUACCAUGGUAGUCCGCUCUAUGGAGCCAUAGUUCAAUUAUCUUGAAAAGCGAAUAGAGUUCACUGGAAGAGAGAAGAAAUGAUUAGGCCCGCUUUUUUCAAACCUUGUUCUGUUAGGAGUAUAUAAAGUACUACUGUCAAAAAGCAGGCGGAGAGAUAAAUUUCCAUUGAACUCUGCGCUGCGUAGUUAGACUUAUGAGAGGAAUGUUUUUUUUCGUACCACGAAGUAAUUAGAGGUUAAAGCAGGUCUAUGGUUAAUAAAGUAUGCAGAUUACUUCAUAUAAUAUACGCGAUUCUCCCCGGCGUUCAACGAAAGUAAAUGUCGCGCUAUACCACAGUCAGUGUAUACGCUUAAAAGCUGUGCAAAUUUAUGCAGUACUUGUUAGAGUACAUGUAACUACCAGUAGGUGUAUUUACGCAGCCGAAUCUUAAAAGCAGACACUUAUAAAAUAGAAUAAAUCAGUAUAAAUGCUCCGUAAAAUGUUAUAUAUAAAAAAAUGACUAUAAAUUUUAAAAUUCUGCACUACCAGUAUCAAUACCUAAGGAUAGCCUGCAGUAAUCGCAGAAUUACAGCAGAAUAACUAUCGUAUGAUGAUUUAUAUAUUAAUUGUAAGUUCUAAUUUAUGCUAUUUGUUCAAAAUUCAGCAUCGCUGUUACUCGCUCGUUCGGUGCCGAACCAUGUUCAAAUGCAAUCAAUCAAAAAAACCGGGACCAGUGUUCUUGUGUGCAUAUUUGACGUUGACGUUGGAAGAUCUAAUGCUUUCGAGAACUUCCGACAUCUUUUUGUGCCACUCGUUCGAGCAACUUGUUUCCUUGUCUGUAAAAUUUAGUAACGUAACGUGCUAUUGUGACCUAAAUUAAUUUAAUGCGAUGGCAAUCGCAUCAUGAUACACAAACUAUUAAUAAUACAGUAUUCAAUAGAUACGCUUCUAGUAAGCCUUCGUGCUGUAUAAUAGAAACGAAAUGCUAAAGCUAUCCUAGUUAAAGAAUGCCGGCGCGUACUUAUAUAUUUAUACAUAUUUACACAUUAAUAAAGCUUGAAUGUGAA